AUGUCCUCAUCUAACUCUCCCGUCGUUUACCAAUUGGGUCAUAAACCCAUCAAAGACCACUGUUACUCGCCAAACUUUGAUCUUUUGGCAGUCACCAAAGACAAUGUGGUUGAAUUGUACCAGACCUCGCUCAACUCUACCGCAAGGCCCAAGCUUAUUGCCACAUUAGAGGGCCACGACAAAACCGUCACUUCUGUAGACUUUUCGCCGGAUGGAAGUCGUAUUUUGACUUGUUCCCAAGAUAGAAACGCAUUGGUGUGGGAAUACAACGCCCAACAGGGUCAAUACAAGCCUACAUUGGUUCUUUUGCGUAUCAACAGAGCAGCAACGGUGUGUAGAUGGUCUCCAAAAGGUGACAAGUUUGCUGUUGGAUCUGCUGACCGUGUCAUUGCCGUGUGUUACUACGAAGAAGAAAAUGACUGGUGGGUGUCGAAACACUUGAAGAAGCCCUUGAAGUCUACAAUCACCAGCUUGUCAUGGCACCCAAAUAAUGUGCUCUUGGCCGCAGGCUCGACCGAUGGCCAUGUUAGGGUGUUCUCUGCGUUCAUUAAGGGGUUGGACGAGAAACCAGAACCUAGUGUAUGGGGUACCAAAUUGCCCUUUCAGACCUUGGUAGGUGACUACACAAAUGUCAGCGGAUCAUGGGUACACGAUGUCGCUUUUAAUGAAGACGGUGAGGCCAAUUCAUUGGCGUUUGUCUCCCACGAUGGAACACUCUCUAUUGUAUACCCGCAAGGAGAGGGACUUCCACCUGCAGCAUUUGUGAGUAUCAAGACGGGCUACUUGCCCUUCAGAUCUUUGCUCUUUUUAGCCGACUCUGUUAUCGCUGGAGGCUACAACUGCAACUUGAUUGUUUUUGAAGGUGAUCAAAAUGGAUGGAAGGAGCUGUACGUUGUUGAAAAGCAGAAGGACUUGAUCCACGAUGAACCUCCAAAGGAUGAUGACCAGGAAAUUUCCAGCCACCAAGCUCUCAACAUGUUCAAGCAAAUGGAUCUCAAGGGUAGAGUCAACUCCAAGCCUCUGGCUGGCUCUGGCAAAGCUUUGGCUACCACACACCAAAACACCAUUACUAGCUUGAGAUGGUAUGGAGAUGGAAAGGUUUCAACCUCUGGUAUUGAUGGCAAAAUCGUGAUUUUUGAUCUCUAG